AUGGAGCCCUUGGUAAAUCGCCGCGGAGUAAGGCCUAAUGACUAUAAUCCACAAAGUACGUUCUUACUCGAUUGUGCUAUUAAUGACGUGAUACUCCUAAAGGUUGAACAGACAAUUUUGAGUUUUUUUUAAAUUGGCUCUUUAAUGUUUGUUUAUUUGUCUGUCUGAACGUAAACUAAAGCCAUUCACUCCGAUAAUGUAGAGGUGUCUUUACUUAGGUUGCUUAUCCAUAAUUGCAUAACCGGUUAAAAUUUUCGAUUUUCAUGAGCCAUCCAAUUUUAAGUUUAAUGGAACACUGGGAAAUAAGCUCAGACAGGUGGAAGAAAGUCUCGUCGGAGGAGUGAAUAUUGUUCGAGGAAAUUAGUAGAAACAGUGAACUCUCACGAAUGGAAGUGAAUAUGCCAGUCCCAAGUUCUUGCAAGGAAGGUGAAUGCGCGAUCACUGUGACAAUAGAUGCAUUGAUCUUAAUCCAAAAGCUCAGACUAACACAAAUAUUGUCCCAAUGACCGUACGUUUAUUUUCUUUAGAGAGAAAACCCUGUCAACACAUCACUAGGUACGGACCACAUGGUGUUUUUGUUUAAUAAACUACAAACACUCUACGAAAUUAGACCAGUCAAGAGCCCUUAUCAUGUCUCCCAAAGUCUACUGGUUGGUCCUAAUUGAAGGAAAUGCCUUUCAUGGAUCAAAUGAUUGCGGACGAUGUAAACAAAUAGAUACUGAGAAAUUCGUAGUUUUCAGCCAACGAAAGGUCUAUUAUCAGCCGCAGAUUUUUUGAUAAUAAAAUAAGUCAAAAGUACAAAGUCGAAUUUUUGACUAGAAAAUAUUUUAGUAUUAAUACUCUGUCACAGUCCUACACGGAUAUAUCUUUACCAGUCUAUUUUGGCCUCCUUCAGGCAAAAGAUUCAAAUAUGCAUCUAUCAGAACUAUAGAAAACUCUUCAAAUGGACGCUCAGACAAUAAAGACCUCACAGAAGAAUCCCUAGUCCACAACAAUCAGCAGUCAGCCGGUUUGAAUGAGUUAGUUUUCGGCAGAGCACAGUGUAUCAAUUUUGAACGGCAACAUGCCACUGAAACACAUUGCAACCCACCGGCUAUCCUUCCCCUCGGAUCGCUAUCUGAAAUAACCGAUCAUCUUCCUGUGUUCGACGAAACCUUUGUGAACUUAUAUUCCUCCCUCUCUUCAUUCAACUCCUGUGCUUCCGAGGACACCUAUAAAGGGUCUGACCGACUGACUUUACCAGAUGAGCUACUCCUAAAGCCUAACCUGUAUGAAACUUGCGACCAAAACAACUACCUGGACCUGUCUUUCCUACCGGAUGAAAGCGCUCUUUUCCUUGACGAUAACACUCCUGCGCAGGAAACCUAUUCAGCAGUUGAUGAAAUCAAUGGCUUUCCUGAUCUCUCCACAUCACUGGACCAUGCAGUGGAUGUCAACGAACUGCUCGAAUUAAUUGACACUAGUCUGCCAACACCCCAAGAUCCGGUGUCUGAUUUCGCUCUAGAGUCUUUCAUUAAUACAGACACAGACAGUCUGCCCGAGAUUGACUUUGACAUGGAGGACAUGAAGGAAACUGAACGUGUCUUACAAUCUUUCGCGGACUACGUAAGUCAUCUUUUUUUCUGGAUAGGAAAGUGCAUGCACUCAUGUCAUAGUUUUACCAGCAAAGCUAACUCUGUUGUCCCACGUGAAGGAUUAACUUCAUGUUUAAUUUGUAAUUGCAUUCAUUGUAGGAGGAAGUCUACGCUCGCGGACGUUUGGUUGAAGCGGCAACAAAUACCUCGUCGACAGACAACCAGCCCAUUGAAAUGACAUCCGGUUGUGCUACACCUCAUAGUCGAGCUGUAGUUUGCAACAUGGAUACGGAUCGUGAGAAGGAAAGGCGACAGAAAAACAACGAGGCUUCGCGACGGUCCAGAGCUAAGAGAAAAAACAGAUUUAAAGCAUGUGAGGAGAAAGUCGAUCGACUAGAAAUGGCUAAUUUAGAACUGAAAUUCUACAUUGAACGUCUGGAUGUUGCUAUACAGGAGGCGAAGGAUAUGCUUCUGUUGCGAAUUUGA